UUUUUUUCAGCUUUUUUUUAAUCCGUUCACGGUAAUAGAAAAUGUCAGGAGUAAGAUGCAAAUUCAUACUUAUAUUCCUUUCUGUGGCACUUAUAGGGAUUUCAAUUUGGUUACAUUUCAGCGACAGCGCGACGCUUUGCGACAAAGUGUUGGUGAAGCCUUUGCUGAUAGUGGGAGUGUCUGCACUGUUUUAUUGGGUUAUUAGAUUGGUUGAAUCCUUGUGCCGAGUCAAAGUUAUCGUGUAUAUAUGUACGAUCUCGUUGUUGUUGUUCAGUUUGGGACUCAUCUGUUUUACAGUGUUCUCAAUUUUGGUGACUAAUAGAAAAGUGAGUAGGGCUUUAUUUGGGAGAGAUGGAGAUUACUCACAUUACUUGUUGGAGAAGUAUGUGAUGAAUGCAGAGCAGAUUAAGAGCUGUUUGCUUUAUUCCGAAACUUGUCAACAUCUACCUACUGGCAAAGGAGAUGAUUUUUACAAAUACAGCCUCUCUCAUACUCAGGCGAGUUGUUGCAAGCCACCCACUAACUGCGGUUUGGAGUUUCACAAUGCUACUCACUGGACCAUGCCUAAAGCAGGGCUGGCAGUAGUAAACAGUGACUGCAAGAUUUGGAACAAUGUACAGACUGAGCUUUGCUUCAAAUGUCAAUCAUGCAAGACAAUAUUCUAUGACUUCAUCCAGAAACGUUGGAAGAUCUUGUCCCUCUUAAACUUUGUCAUACUCCUCUGUUGCUGUGUUUUGUGCUAUGUUCUGUACUUGAUCAACAACAGGUCAAAGGGGCACCCAAGGCACAAAGUAGUCCCUGCAGUUUGAGCUCUAUUGGUUCGUUCCAUUUCCAUUUUCCUAAUGAUUAAUAUUUGUUUGUCUCGAGAUUGGUUUGGAUGGCUGGUGUAAAACAUUGAUAUUGUAGUCAUUG